AUGGCUAACUAUCCGUACACUUAUCCUGCUCAGUUCUCUCCAAUGUUACCUCCAACUGCGGAGUAUGCCAAACAGGGUGACGGUUAUAGGGAGUAUUACGAAAUGGGACAAUUGAAAGAGGAUCGGGAUCUUAAGAGGACUGGACGACACCAUCGAACAGCCAAUGCUCGCUCUCGGUCUGCGAGCAGGACCGGCUCGAGUUCUCGUUCUCGAACGCACUCGCGGUCUAGAUCGCGGUCGCGGUCUCGGAGUCGCACGCCCAGUUGUACCACCGCUCGCCAGCAUGACCUCAGUUUGAAAGAGCCCGGGAUUCUGGACGCCUUUAGAGUUUUAUACCUCACACCCAGUAAACACAAGAAAAGUGCAACCAAGUUCCUGGCAACGAAGAAACGACAGGACCAGAUACAAGAGAUCCUUAAGAAGGAUAGAUUUGGUUCGAAGAGAUGGUUCUUCUAUCCUCGGCAGCAGACACAGAGCGAGACUAUGGCGUCACUGCCACAGCGAGAAAACUCCGAUCAACGGUUCAAAGUCGACGCAAACUUCUUUAGGAAAUACAAAAGAAGUAGGAAAGUGGAUCUCGAUGCUCCGAUCAUGAAACUGAAGAGAUGGGAACUUGUCUUUUAUAAGAAGCUUGGAUUUAUACAAGCCGUUUAA